AGGAUGGAAAUGAGGGUAGGUGUGAGAUUGACCGAACCACCACAAAUACCAUCCAUCCAUGAACCCAUCCUAUCCCAUCAUCAUCAUCAUCAUCAUCAUCACAUGACAUGUUAUACAGCUUCACCUUACAAACACCCACUAAUAAAAAUAUAUAAAGAGCAUAACCACCCUUUUUCUCUCUCAGCUUGAGGUUCCCUUCUCCAAAGAGAACACCAAGCUUCACCUAAUCCACUCCAAUACUUCUCAUUCUAACUCUUUUCUCUAGUCACACCCUCAUCGAUAUGCAGACUCUUUCGCCCCCAACUUCCAACGCGCUUAACCUCAACCACGUUGUACGCACGCGCCGCCUCCUACCAACCCGACUCUCCGUCAAAUGCGCUUACGCGUUCGAACCGGCGAGCUACGGGGUCGGCUCGAGCCGAGCCGAUUGGCAGAGCUCUUGCGCCAUCUUAGCAAGCAAGGUCGUUUCUCAGGAACAAACCUCCUCAGCUGACAAGAACGGUGGCACUGCCGACCAUGUCGCCGCCGUUAACGGCCACAAGGCAGCCGUCGGCGACUUCCAACUCGUUCCCAUAGGAAACCUUGCCGAGGCCAACAACAAGCCGCUCCCGCCGAAGCCGCUUACAAUCUCUGACCUAUCCCCUGCGCCGAUGCACGGCUCGAAGCUCAGAGUCGCUUACCAGGGCGUUCCCGGCGCGUACUCUGAGGCUGCAGCAGGGAAAGCCUAUCCGAACUGCGAGGCCAUCCCGUGCGACCAGUUCGAGGUGGCGUUCCAGGCUGUGGAGCUUUGGAUCGCCGAUCGAGCGGUUUUACCGGUGGAAAACUCCCUCGGAGGCUCGAUCCACCGCAACUACGACCUCCUACUUCGCCACCGCCUCCAUAUCGUCGGCGAGGUCCAGCUCCCGGUCCACCACUGCCUCCUCGCCCUCCCCGGCGUUCGCAAGGAAUUCCUCACGCGCGUAAUCUCGCAUCCGCAGGCGCUCUCUCAGUGCGAGCACACGCUCACCAAACUCGGCCUCAACGUGGCGCGCGAGGCCGUCGACGAUACCGCCGGCGCCGCCGAGUUCGUAGCCGCAAACAACCUCCGCGACACCGCCGCCAUCGCGAGCUCGCGGGCGGCGGAGCUCUACGGCCUGAACGUGAUGGCAGACGGCAUCCAGGACGAUCCAAGCAACGUGACGCGCUUCGUGAUGCUGGCCAGAGAGCCUAUCAUCCCCCGCACCGACCGUCCUUUCAAGACGAGCAUUGUUUUCGCGCAUGACAAAGGCACCUCCGUGCUUUUCAAAGUGCUUUCCGCAUUUGCUUUUCGCAACAUCAGCUUGACGAAGAUCGAGUCGCGGCCGCACCGUAACCGUCCCAUUCGGCUUGUCGAUGACGCUAACGUGGGAACCGCAAAGCACUUCGAGUACUUGUUCUACGUUGAUUUUGAGGCUUCCAUGGCUGAAGUUAGGGCUCAAAACGCGCUUGCAGAAGUUCAGGAAUUCACCUCCUUCUUGCGAGUGCUCGGAAGUUACCCUAUGGACAUGACUCCCUGGACCCCUUCCUCCCCACCACAUUGAUCUCCAUUGUUUCCUCUUUCUGAUUUUUGUGAAUAAAAAACAAAACAAAAACCUCAUUAUUUUUAUCACACACCAUACAUUUUCGUUCA